AUGUGGUGGCACAUCCUUUUAACUGGUGUCGGUCUUUUGUCCGUCACCAAGCCCGUCUCUGGCCAAGACGAGUCCAGUCCUAUUAACCCAUGCCCUGUACGCUGUGGGAUAUCGGGGCUAAACCCCCUUAACUGGACAUACCUUCACGGUGCCUUGGCCCUCAACCGGUGCGAAGAACCCAUGCUCUUCGACAUGAUGUUGAGCACCCGCCUCGACGAUCCUGUGAAGCAUGUAACCAUCCGAGCCUGCACAGCGUCCGAGAAGCCCACGGUGCAAGCGCCCGACUAUAAUCCUGUCCCCUUUGUCUUUGGUGCUCCAGAGAAACGGUCGGUGGACGAGGGGAGGAAUCACUCAACGUGUGCCACAGACAUGCACAAGACACCGAACCAAACAACCUUCUACUACCACGAGUGGCUCACCGACCCCCGCAGCGAGGUCAGUGGCAACAUCAACGACACGAUACGAGCACUUGACAAGCUCAUGAACUACCUUGACACGGCCGACAACUGCAAGCCCAGCGUCAUGUUUGCAAAAGCCCGCCAGACCGUCGCGGGCGUCUUUGCCGGGUCCUUGGUAGACAAGCAGAGCGCUUCCCUCGUGGCGAAGCAGCUGGUCAACUCGAUCCAAAACAAGGCUGACUAUGAGGCUGGGCGGAUCGCCAUCCAGAACUGUCGAGGCAUCCUCCCCACCGUCUGGGGUCUUGGGAUAGUUGCCGACCUCCAGGGAAAUAUGACGGCGGUGCAGGAAUCCCUUGCUGGCUGGAAUGAUGCCAAAUGCCUCGAGAGUCCAGAUCUGAAUGCCGUCUGGAGAAAGAUGGACCUCGAGCUCUGGUCCGUCAAGAAUACCACGGGGGCAAACGGGACUCGUGAAGACGGCAACUCAACCAUUGUCCGCAGGGCUUCAGACGACUGCCGCGCCGAGAGGGUCGAGGCAGGCGACGACUGCGCGUCCCUCGCGAAGCGGUGCGGUGUCAGUGCAACGCAGUUUAACAAGUACAACGGCGGCGCCAAGUUCUGCAGUACACUGAAGCCAAAGCAGCACGUCUGUUGCACGGCGGGGGAGCUUCCCGACUUCCGGCCGCAGCCAGACGCCAACGGCAACUGCCACGCUGUAGACAUCAACAACGACGAUGGAUGCUGGGAAAUUGCCGAUGCCAACUACCUGACGGUCAAGGAAAUCGAAGAGCUCAACAAAAACACCUGGGGUUUUGCCGGGUGCAAGAACCUCCAGCCUGGCCAGAAGCUGUGCCUGUCCAAGGGCAACCCUCCCAUGCCCAACACCAUCUCCAACGCCGUCUGCGGCCCCCAGAAGCCCAACGGCGAGGCACGCGGGACCAAGAAGCUCGCCGACAUGAAUCCCUGCCCCCUCAACGUCUGCUGCAACGUCUGGGGCCAGUGCGGCAUGGACGGAGACUUCUGCACCGAGGCCCCAGCCGACACGGGGGCUCCUGGCACAUCCAAGCCCGGCGCCAAUGGCUGCAUCUCGAACUGCGGCAUGGAGAUCACCAAUAACGACAAGGGGCCAGCGAGCUUUUCUCACAUUGCCUAUUUUGAGGCCUGGAACCAGAAGCGGCCGUGCCUCCAUAUGGACGUCUCGGAUAUCGACAAGGACAAGUACACGCACAUCCACUUUGCCUUCCCCGAUGUCACCCCGGGCGACUUCUCCAUCGACGUGAGUAAGCUCAAGGGCCAGUUUGACAAGAUGAAGAAGAUGUCGGGCAUCAAGAAGAUCGUCUCGCUCGGAGGCUGGGCCUUUUCGGCCGAGGCUCCCACGUACAGCAUCUUCCGUGAGGCCGUCCUGCCCGCCAACCGCGCCAAGUUCGCUGCAAACGUGGUCAGCUUCGUCAACCAGCACGACCUGGACGGCAUCGACUUUGACUGGGAGUAUCCUGCCGCCGAGGACCUUCCAGACAUUCCGUCCGCGAACCCAGACGAGGGCAAGGACUACCUCGAGUUCCUCAAGAUGGUUAAGCGCAGAUUGCCCAACAAGUCUGUCUCUAUCGCUGCGCCAUCCUCGUACUGGUAUCUCCGGGGCUUCCCCAUCAAAGACAUUGCCAAGGUCGUCGACUACAUCGUGUACAUGACCUAUGAUCUUCAUGGUCAGUGGGACCACGGGAAUAAGUGGUCGAGCCCUGGUUGUGAGAACGGCAACUGCCUCCGUUCGCACAUCAACAUGACCGAGACCAAGACCUCCCUAGCCAUGAUCACAAAGGCCGGCGUUCCGUCCAACAAGAUCUUCGUGGGAAUCGCAAGCUACGGCCGGAGCUUCAAGAUGUCCAAGGCCGGCUGUACGGCACCUACCUGCACGUUCACAGGCUCGAGGACUGACUCGGACGCCCUGCCCGGCCUCUGCACCGGCACCGGGGGUUACAUCUCGUCAGCCGAGAUCCGCGAGAUCCUCUGGAACAAGGAACUGCUCGGCGCGAAGGAGUGGCACGACAAGUCAUCCGACACAGAUAUUGUCGUGUACCAAGAGACCGAGUGGGUGGCGUGGAUGAGCGACAAGACAAAGAGCAGUCGCAUUGACCUGUACAAGGGCCUCAACUUUGGUGGCGUCUCCGACUGGGCCGUAGACCUUGACAAGGACUACGGAGACAGCGGCAUCGGCAGCGGCGAUGAUGACGAUUCAAACCUCUCGGGCGGCAAGAAUUGUCCACUGAACAAGUCGUACUCCGACCUCGACGAGCUUGCCAACGACGAUACCAUGGCUGACGACUGCAAACCCGUGCUCGCCCUCAACAUCCUCGAGGGGAUUCUGGACAAGUCUUUGGAGAAGUAUGCCGAUGUCGACAAUGGCUACGAAAAGAACUUUGCGGCAUACCGACGAGUCAUGAAGGCUGCUGCCAAAGAGACCAUGUGGAAGUUCUCGCAGUGGCGAGAAGGCGCGUACACAAAGUGGUUCGACUGCGACUUCAAGGACUUGGAUAACUCCAAGCGGGACUGGAAGGGCCCUUGUGACGAGAUGGCCGAUCACGUCGACAGCUGGCUCGAGGGUGUCAUGAUUGUCAAGGUGACGCUGAGGGACGACACCGGCUUCUGGGAAGGCCUUGAGGAGGAGACAGGCAUCAUCGAAGACUGGGUCGAGUUUGGAGACUUCAAGCAGAACACGGAUCCGGCAGCGGGAUGCAACCCACCCCCUCCCCCUGGCCAGAACUGUGAGGCGGUCCAGUUCCGCCUCUCGGUCGAGGGCAUCCCCGUCCUCAAAGACGAUUUUGACAUUCCCGACCCCAAAGACCUCAUCAAAGAUGUCACAAGCAACCUUGAGGAGAUCCGCACCGGCAUUGCCUCUCGCUUCUUUGACGUGGUGGCGGGCAUCUGGGACGGUGGCAACGGUGACGUGCUGCAGGUCGUGUCGGUGCCCAUCUUCCUCCUCGCGCAGGCCGUCGAUUCGAUGGAGGAGGCCAAAGAGAAGGGCGGCGAGAUUAUCAAGCAGGAGAAGGAGAACCUUAUCCUGAACAUCAUCUCGGCCCUCUUAUUCUUCAUCCCCUUUGUUGGUGAGUUUGCCGCCAUGGCAGCCGGCGCAGCGACUGUUUCUCGGAUGAUUGCCCUUGCUGGCAUGGUCGGUAACACGGCCUUCAGCAUAGCUGAGGUGGUUGGCAACCCGGAGAACGCAGCCAUGGUUAUCAUGGCACUGCUCAGCGCAGGCCGUGUCCGUAAGCCCAAGGAUUAUGUUGACCUCGGGGCCGCAAGAAGGGCCCAGACGAAUGCUGGUGUCAAGAGGAUGGGCCCUACCUUUAAGAAGCACGACGACUCGCUGCAAAAGGUCUUGGGCAACUGUCGCAAAGACGGCGGCAAGGACGAAGAUGAACCCAGCAUGUGCAAGGCCAAGAGAGACCUAGGACUUUUCGGUCUCGUGGCACGUGGCCAUAUCCACAGCUUCAUGUCUGAGGAGACUUACUUUGGACUUCCCGUGCUACGCAAAAGACAGAGCAAGAACAACAACAACAACAACAACAACAACAACAACAACAACAACAACAACAACAACAACAAGAACAACUGCGGUACGACCGAACAUACAACCACGACAACUAGCAUCGAGACCUUCUUGAGUACCCCAGCAAGGACAUGUUCGUCCCAAUGGGGUCAGGCCUGCUAUCACUACAGCUCCGUCAUGAGCGUCCACACCAACACACCGGACAUGGUUCGCUGGACGUGCUGGGCGACAACCGGAACCAGCAAACAUGGCAAAGCCACUGAUGACUGGGGCCUCUGGACCUCGCGAAAGAAGCCGCAUGCUCGGACGAUGCAGCACAACUGGGAUUGGGGCGCCGAAUGGACCGAGGAGCCCAUCUGCCAUAGGGACGAGUGGCCUCCGCGCGCAUUCUGGCCCCAGACCCGGAUCAACGGCAAGAUGACCAAGAAGCCGGGUCAGUUUGUCCGUCUUCUUCCCGGUACAAACAAUCUAGGAGCAGCCAUUCUGUGGAACGCCUUCUGCAAGCACGAGGACGGCUACUCUAUAAAGGCCGGCGGCGUGACGUCUAUCAACCCGAAGAAGGUGACGACCACGUCAACAGAGGUCAACAGCGAGAUCAAGGGCGGCACCACGACGUACAUCACCAGUGUGGGCAUCAAGGUCCCCAACGCUGUCUUCGAGAUCAAGCACUGGGAGCAGCCUGCGGCAAAAGAUGACGGGCUGUGGGAGAACAAGUGCUGGCCGAGUAUGAUCCUGCCCGACGAUCCAGGCUAUGCGCUGCUCACCGACGACCCGUGGUACCAGCACAAUCCCAACGCCCAGGCAAGCACUGCCGUCUACAACGUCGCACCCCCCAAUGCCGUUACCAGCGGCAAGACAAAGUGGACUACCUAUAGCGGCCGUCCCCUCAUUGCAGCCCGUUCGAUCGACGAUGACAUUGACAUUCCUUACGGUGCAACCCCUAUGACAUGCAAGAUUCCUGUGCAAGUUAUGCAAGAGAGGUCUAUCGUUGUGGACGAGGACGAGGGCGAGUACGAGUACGAGGAGAUCCUUCCCAGUGACAUUGACUGUAGCGAGUUGGCCCAGGCUAUAUUUGCCCCGGUGCCUCCACCUACCUUGUCUUCACCCCGAAUGACGAGUGCAGUCGCGUCAGCCGUCAUUGAGGUUAGAGAGGAAGUAGAGAAAGAACCCACGCCGGGCUCUGUGGUUCUUGUGAAUGUUGCAGAGCCUACAGAGGGGUGA